AUGUACCAUCACACUGGAAAAAGAUACGAAGUCUACUGUGCAACCUGCUCCGAGCUCAUAUGUGUGACGUGUCUUACGGAAUCCCAUAAUCGCCAUGAUCUGAAGGAAAUAGCUGACACGGUGGCUACAGCAAAGAGAGAGUUCAUCGGAGAUUUCUUGCCGAUGUACGAAACAUCUCUCGCGAAAGUCGAAGAGACUUUGGAGACAGUCUCGGGAAUUAAAAAGGAUUUGCUGAAAACGGUUGAGAUAAUCCGACAACAGAUCGCGGACACGUCUGAGCGUGAAAUAGACAGAGUGAUCGCAGCAAAUUGUCGCAUCACUGACGAACUCAUUCAGAUCCAGACGACGAAAGAAAAUGACUACGCCGAGCUCACAAAAGACUUACUCUCCCUGAAGAAAAACCUAGAGGAUGCGAUCGGAUACUCCGCAGGCGAAAUGCCAAAGAGCGAUUACGAUUACCUCAGAAGAUUUCCAGAAAUGAGCCGCGGUUUCCGAAUGUUCGCAGGCCGUAGUCAAGUGCCCCGCAUCUUGCCUUGCGUGCCGCUGGUAAAGUUCGAACCAUCUGCAGAGCCAGGUGAAGACCUCAGUCUCGGUCGCUUGUCGACGAGUCUUGAGAGAGUGAAGUAUGUCUCAAUUGUUGAUUAUGAUAAAGACGAAGAUGAGGACGACGAUGGUGGUGAUGGUGAUGGUGAGGAAGGUUGCGAAGACGAGGAUGGUGAUGCAGUGAAUGAAACUGACAGUAUUAACGGCGAUGAAAGCAACAGUAGAGGGCGCCAACCGACGCCUGUCGGACGUCUUAGCGAGUAUCUAUCUGCCAUCCUUUUCCCAUCUGUUAUUUGA